GGCUUCUUGCAGGCACAUAUAUGUGUGAGGGUUUUGAGUGUUGCGUAACGAGCGCUUUAUUCGUUUGUCAACGUGGCAGCAACGGCUGUAGAAACUACGCCUACAUCUGUUUUUGCUGACAGACACACAUACCCCCCCUCCCCCGCCUCACACAUUAACGGAAAGUACCGUUUUCUUGCUGGUGCUUCCCACCGUUAUUAUUAUUUACGCAUCGCAGUAGGCGUGCCUUCCCACACGCGUUAAGCCGGAGCGCAGCGCACGAUCGAAAAAGCGAAGGGUGCUCCUGAAGAAGAGGUGCUUGCGGCAGAGCAUCCCGUAAAAGAACGAAGAAAGGUUGGAACACGCUCACCAUGUCAGCCGCUAGAGCGGAGUCGGACGACAUGCCCGCGGCCGCAUAUCCCGCUGGAGAACGGAUGGAGGCGGAGCCAGCAGCUUCUGUGCAUGCCGCUCCUCCUGGCAGUCAAGUCACCGUGAAAACUCAGAGGCCAACGGCAGCGGAGACAACGCCAGUUGCUGCUGAUGCUGCUAGCUCUGCUGCUGCUGCUGUUGAUGCUGCUCCACCCAUGACAUCGUGUCCCAAGUGGCUCUUUAACCUUUUCCCACAACAAUGGAAGGACUACUUACGGCCCUGUGAUACCGAGCAUACCUUAGACGACAUUCAGGCGGAGCUCGAUGAGCGAGAGGCACACGGAGAGCUCUACAACCCUGAAAAGGUGGACAUCUUCAACGCCUUCCAAUGCUGUCCCCCUGAGAAGGUCAAGGUGGUGUUCGUUCUGUUGGACCCCGUUCAGGACAAGGGACAUGCGGACGGACUGGCGCUGUCCGCACCCGCUAGCGUUACACCCGGGUUAACGAUUCAGUGCAUGCGUGAAGCGCUUCGGCACGAUAGAGAGUCGGGCUUCGUGGAGAAGGGCGGACUGUGGAACAUGCGGCGCUGGGCGGAGCAAGGCGUGCUGCUGCUGAAUGCCUUCCUCACCGUUCCUCGACGAGGCGGAGAGCCCGCCAAGUCCGAAAGCCAAAGCGGCGCCCACAAUGAUUUGUGGACGCGGUUCACCGACGAUGUCAUUUCUGCUCUUACGCGACGGAAGAGGGAAGAGGCGAAGAAGGUGGCCUUCGUCGUGCUGUCCUCCGCGAAUAAAGGCCUGCGCGACAAGAUGAAGAGGGACGAGGACUUCUUCUCGGUCGUGGGAGCCUAUGAGUACAAGGAUGCGCCUCAAGAGACGGACGAUCGGUUUGUGCGGAGUGAGACGCUGGACGUGAUUGACGAAGUAUUCGUGGAUGCUGACGGUUUGAUCAACAGGUUUCAGGAGAAGGUGAAGGCUGCGCGGGCGACGGCAUCUGCCAAGAGGCAGCACAUAUUUCCCUGGUACAGGCUCUUCGCCGAGGUCCUGCGAGAUGUUUUCAGAAGACGGUUCUCCAACAAACACGCUUCCGGGGGCUGCGAUGAUGAGCGUUUCAAACAGUGGUCAUCGCCCACGACGUGGAGGGUGGGCCAGGAGUGGAAAUCGUUGGCGCCGGCCGCUGGGGUGGGCGGGGAAGGUAUAAGGGACGCGCAGAGGGUGACGCUGCUCAGAGCCGUUUUGAAAAAGCUCAAAGAGCAACGAGAUGAGGAGUUCGAGAGGCUGGGAAGGGCCCUUAAGCGGACAAAUCGCGAGUUUUUGCUGAUCGAGGGCUACAAUCAUCCCUCCCACGUGUCUCGCUGGACCGCACAACGGUGCUUCUCGCUCGUCAACGCGUUUUUGGAAGUGGCUGGCGAGGAGAGGAUCGACUGGAACUGCACCGAUGCUCCGGCGAGGGAGACACAGCUCAGCAUAAAGAGCAGAAGGGAGGCAAACGAGAGAGCGCAGCUUGAAGACGCGGCAAGGUCUGUUGUGUGA